AUGAUGAGUUUUCUACCCAUUGUUUUUUCCAUUCCAGUAGUGGUUGCAUUUGUUCUUGGAAAUUUUGCCAAUGGCUUUAUAGCACUGAUAAAUUUCAUUGCCUGGGUCAAGAGACAAAAGAUCUCCUCAGCUGAUCAAAUUAUUGCUGCUCUGGCAGUCUCCAGAGUUGGUUUGCUCUGGAUAAUAGUCUUACACUGGUAUUCAACUGUGUUGAAUCCAAAUUCAUCUAGUUUAAAAGUAAGAUUUUUUCUUUCUAAUGCCUGGGCAGUAACCAACCAUUUCAGCAUCUGGCUUGCUACUAGCCUCAGCAUAUUUUAUUUGCUCAAGAUCGUCAAUUUCUCCAGACUUAUUUUUCAUCACUUAAAAAGGAAGGUUAAGAGUGUAGUUCUGGUGAUAGUGUCGGGGGCUUUGUUAUUUUUGGUUUGUGAUCUUGUGGUGGAAAACAUGUACAUAAAUGUGUGGACAAAAGAAUAUGAAAGAAACAUAACUUGGAAGAUCAAAUUGAGGAACGCAACGUACCUUUCUAACUUGAUUGUAGUCACGCUAGCAAACUUGAUACCAUUCACUCUGACCCUGAUAUCUUUUCUGCUGUUAAUCUGCUCUCUGUGUAAACAUCUGAAGAAGAUGAAGCUCUAUGGCAAAGGAUCUCAAGAUCCUAGCACCAAGAUCCACAUAAAAGCUCUGCAAACUGUGACCUCUUUCCUCAUAUUAUUUGCCGUUUACUUUCUAUGUCUAAUCAUAUCGUUUUGGAAUUAUAAGAAGCAAGAGAAAGAACUUGUCUUAAUCCUUUGCCAAGCUGUUGGAAUCAUAUAUCCAUCGUUCCACUCAUUCAUUCUGAUUUGGGGGAACAAGAAGCUAAAGCAGAACUUUCUUUCAAUUUUGUGGCAGGUGAUUUGCUGGGCCAAAGGACAGAAUCUGUCAACUCCAUAGAUUCACCAGAGGUUCAUUGUGUGUUUUCUAGCAGAAAACAAAUUGAUGGU